GACGAGUUAAACUUGAAACGGUGUAUUUUGUGGAGCGGCAAGAUAGAGCGAUCCGUUUUGACAAAUUCCUCCGACGGAACAUCCACACCCCUGGUGGCCGCAUCCACCUACGGCUUCCUUUUGGUGCAGCACACCUUCAUCGGGCCCUCAGCGACCGACGCCGCCUCCGACGACAGCCCCUGGAAAUUGGAAGCCAAACCCAGUGGCCAUCGCAAAAUCUGACCGCCGGCUACUGGCCUCUCCGUGCGUGUGACUGUUCGUUUGAUUUCCAAUUGGAAGCUGGAUCGAUGGAGAUCGUGGAUGAGAGGAGGCGACGGCGCCCUCUCUACCGGUUAUAAAGGUGGCACCGCAGAUGCUCCGGUCGGACCCGGCCCACCAGUCGAAACGGAGAGAAGGGUGAAGUCCUCCAACCAAACCUGAAAACGGCGGCACGCGGGUCGACUGGAAACAAUACGGACGACUAGUGGCCUACGCCCUGCGGGAUGCUGUGCCGCGGCCGACGCCGUCCGGGGCUGUGGCGGUGGCCGACGGCGCUGCGGCGGCUGUCCCGGCUGGCACCGCCUGCGCCUGCGCCUGCCGACCCGGUGGUGGUUCGCGUCGACGCCAACAACGUCGCGCGCUUGGGGGCGCCCAAGCCCCGGCCGAGGCCGCGGCAGUUGCUCUCACUGCCGCCGUUCCCCGCAGGGCAGGACCCUCUCCCAGGAAGGAAGGUGGCGCCGCGACGCGUGACGGCAGUGAGCUGGGUGAAGCACUAUUUCGCCGACGUGCCGCAGGAGGCCGUGCAGGCUCAUUUCAACAGGAGAAUGGUUUUUUCUGAGUGCUAUGACCACAAGGUUUCAGCUGACAGCAUUCGAACUCAGAAGCAUCAUCUGAAAAAGGUGCCAGCGAAUUGGUUGCAGAUAAAACAUAAUGAUGCUAUGGAGCCUGGAAUGAGGAUUCACCUUCCUGUUUCAGUGGCUGAGAGUGACAUAAAGAAGCGUUAUGAGACCAUUCCGACUGCCACACUGCAUCCUAAUAAAGAUGAGAUCGAGUACCUGAGGAGGCUAGUCAUCUACAGGGACUCUGCUAUAUUGGUGCUUAACAAGCCCCCCAAAGUGCCCAUGAAAGGACAUUUGCCAGUACAUAACAGCAUGGACGUGCUUGCUGCUGCAGCACUGUCAUAUGGAAGCGAGGAGGGUCCAAAAUUGGUCCAUCGACUGGACAGAGAAAGCAGCGGUCUGAUUUUGAUGGGCAGAACAAAAGAAAGCUUUACUCGGCUGCACUGGCUUCUCACUAGUGUAAACUUAGCUAGAACAUCUUCUCAGACAUGGAAUAAAGCCUGUGAAGCAUACGCACAGAAGUAUUGGGCACUAGUCAUUGGUACUCCUAAAGAAAGGGAAGGAGUUAUAUCUGCUCCUAUCUCAAAGGUACUCCUUGAUGACGGGAAAGCCGAACGGGUCAUUCUGGCACAUCCUUCUGGCAUAGAUGGCGCGCAAGAGGCAAUAACCGAGUACCGGGUGAUGGGACCAACCAUUAAUGGGUGCUCAUGGAUCGAGCUACAGCCAUUGACUGGGCGGAAGCACCAGCUCCGAGUCCACUGUGCUGAAGCCCUAGGCACUCCCAUUGUCGGGGAUUACAAAUACGGUUGGUUUGUGCACCAAACGUGGAAGCAAAAUCCCCAGCCUGACUUCGAACCGUUCACUGGAGAGCCAUACAAGCUGAGGCGGCCAGAAGGCUUGGAGAUUCAGAAGGGCAGUGUCCUCUCAAAAGUCCCUUUACUACACCUGCAUUGCCGGGAGAUGGUCAUCCCCAACAUUGCAAAGUUCCUGAGCAGCACUGGAGGAUGGCACGAAAACGGCACCCCAUGGGCCAAGGAGAAGCCCAACCUCCUAAGAUUCGUCGCGCCAAUGCCUCCGCACAUGAAAAUCAGUUGGAACAUCAUGUCUUCAUACCUGGUGUAAUUUCUGUAUUUUUUUUCUUCCAUACUUCUCUAGCUUCUCAUGUUAACCCCAAGUUCCAUAGAGUGAUUUGUUUGUUCAAGAUUCUGAGAUUGUAGCCACCAUUUCUGAAUCAAUGCAGAAAACUACAUUUUCUGAAUCAAUGCACAUCUCAUCGU